AUGCCGAAACACAAAAGCAAGUCAAAAGUGAAGCGUGGCCAAGCUCUUCAAAAUUAUUGGCAUUUGAGAAAUCAGCGGAAAUCCCAUUCAGAAAAUCUGGACAAAGAUCCGUCAACUGAAUCAUUACAUUCAUCUACGACUAUUGAAGAAACUCACGAUCCGUUUGGUAUGGCAGUUGAUGAGGAGACUUCGUCGCCGGAUAUUACGCUUCCACAAGAUCACAUCUUACCGGAAUUAACUAUUGAAAAGAAUCAACCAGAGACAGAAAAAAGAAAUAUAUUUGGCAGACGAAUUGUUGAUGUACAAUACUUUUUUUCAAAAUUGCAAGAAAUCAGCAAUCAUAGCCCCUAUAACUGUGGAGUACAAAGUUUAAAAAUUGUUGGAGAGAAACGAGUUGGAUUGUCAUCCAAGUUGACUCUAGAGUGUUUAAUGUGUAAAGGAAAGUUUUUAUUAAAUAAUGUCCCAGGUGAUCUGGAAAUAAAUACAGAAGCAGUCGCGGGUUUGUCGAUGUGUAAAGAAAAGUAUAUUCUAAAUGUCUCCGGUGAUCUGGACAUAAAUACAGCUGCGGUUGCUGGUGCAGUUUCUGUUGGCAUAGGCUACUCACAAUUAGAGGAAUUACUAUCAGCGAUCGAUUUACCUAUGAUGACUGAGCCUCUGUACCAAAAACAGCACGAGUUUGUUUCUAACGCCUGGGAAAAAGCACUUGGUCAAUCCAUGCAAGAAGCUGCAGAAGAAGAAAAAAGAAUUUCUUUAGAAAAAGGUCGUGUGACCACUGAUGGCAUUCCUAUUAUAGAUGUUAUUGUUGAUGGAUGCUGGAACCCAAGACAUACCAGAAAUAUGGAAAUACGUAAUCCAACCUAUAUAAUGGAAGCUAUAAAGAAAAAAGAAGAGAAAAAGAAACUUGAAAUCUCCAAGAGGAAAAUACAACGCAUAAUUCCAAUUGCUGAGCAAGAAGAAAAUACAACGCUUUCCUUAUAUCAAGAAUCGAUACGGUCGUCAACACCAGUAAUUCCAGAAGCGGAACAACCAACCUGUUCACGAUACUUAAAUUAUAAUGAAUUUUAA